AUGUCAAGUCUCAAUGACCAAGUUGUCCUCCUUACCGGAGCGGGAAGCGGGAUAGGCCGAGCUACAGCGUUGAAGCUGCAUGAGUUGGGCGCGAAACUUGCCAUUACCGAUAUCAACCUGGAUGGAGCAAUGGAGACAUGCAAGAUGUGUGGUUCUAAGCCACAUUACUGCGGCCUCCUGGAUGUUUCCAACAGCAAAGAGGUAGAGAAACGGGUUGCCGAGAUUGCUGCAAUAUUCGGCCACAUUGAUCAUGUAUUCAACUGCGCGGGAGUGAACCCGACAGUCAUGGCUUUGACGAAGACAACCGAACAGUACUUUGACAAGCUGGUUGACGUCAACCUCAAGGGAAUGUACAAUGUGACCAAGGCCACAAUGCCACACUUGAAGCAUCCGGGAGGUAGUUACGUCAAUGUUUCGUCGAUUUCCGGCUGGCGUGCCUCUUCCGGAACAGCCAUUUACUGUGCCACCAAGUUUGCGGUCAUCGGCUUCAGCAAGAGCAUGGCGCUGGAACUGGGUCCAAAAGGCAUUCGCGUGAACAUCGUCGCCCCAGGAUAUAUCGAUACUCCAACAAAUGCUGGAAUUGCCAAGGGCUCCCCCGAAGCAAGAAAGGCAAUGGAGCAUGGAACGGCGCUGGGUCGUAUUGGCAAAGCUGAGGAAGUUGCUGAUGUUGUGGCAUUUUUGAUGAGUAACGAGGCACGGUAUAUGAAUGGAAGCGUGGUAGAAAUCGACGGCAUGCUCAAGUCAUAA